CUCUGAAUCCUUCCGGUGUACAAAUACGAGAAUGCGGCCUAUUUAUUUUGAUUACACCUCCCUCUUCUCUUAUCAUCUCAACUCUCUCUUCCUUUAACACACACACACACACACACCAUUAACCGACCUUCUUUCUGUUUCCGAGGAAUCUUGAGUUGGGAGAUUGCUUCUUAUCUAUGGGAGAAGCUCCAGCCUCUUUAAUCGAUAAUCUGCAGGGGGGUUACACUAAUGUGUUUGAUCUGAAAUCGAAAGGCAGCCAGACAGCAACACUUAUUGGGACCAAAACAUAUGUGAUUGGUUGGAGUAAUGAUCAAGAAGAAUCGUUUGGAGUUCGUAUAUUCGAUAAAUGUACUAAUGAAUGGGUGAUUCCUACUGUUCUGGGAACAAAACCAAAGCCAUUCAAGGGGCACUUGGCUGUGCUUUUAGGUCAAGAUCGGAUUUUAGUUGUGAAGGAAAACUCAAGUUUUGAUGACUGCAUAUGGUUUCUUGAGGUGGACACAGAGUAUAUAAAACAGCAGAAAAAGAAAUUAGCAACUCCUGUGGUUGCUUGGAGUCGGGGAGUUAUUGGUGCUGCCGAGAAGCCUGUUGUUAUCAGUGGCCCUUCUGGAGUGGGCAAAGGCACAUUGAUAAACAAACUGAUGAAAGACUUUCCAGCCAUGUUUGGGUUCUCGGUGAGCCAUACAACCCGUGCUCCGAGGGAGGGGGAGAAGAACCAUGUCCAUUAUCAUUUCACUGAUCGUACUGUUAUGGAGCAAGAGAUAAAGGAUGGGAAGUUUCUUGAGUUUGCUUCUGUGCAUGGAAAUUUGUAUGGAACUAGUACAGAAGCAGUUGACGCAGUUGCUGAUGCUGGGAAGAGAUGCAUCCUUGACAUUGAUGUUCAAGGGGCAAGGUGCAUGAGGGAUAGUCAUCUUGAAGCAAUAUUCAUCUUUGUAUGCCCUCCCUCAUCUGAGGAGCUUGAGAAGCGCCUUCGCGCAAGGGGGACUGAGAUGGAGGAACAAAUCCAAAAGCGACUACGAAAUGCUAAGACUGAGCUUGAAAAAGGAAGAGAGCCGGGUCUAUUUGAUUAUAUGCUGGUAAAUGAUGACUUUAACACUUGCUAUGAGAAUCUUAAGAAACUCUUGGGUCUUGAUGAAGCUGUUAAUGGAAAUUCUUGUCAUUCACCAUCGGAGAUGGGGUAUUUGCCUCUGGUCCAUUCAGCAUCAAAAAGUGAUGAAAAGAUUCUAAUAGCUAGUGAAACCGGAGGACUGGAAAAAGCCUCCCAGAACAGAAUUGUGCUGGAUCUGUCUUCUAUCAAAGGAGGUGCACCGGCUCGGACAAGAGGUCUUAAUAUGUAUUUUGCUUAAGUUCUUGUUGGCCCAACCAUAGAUGAAAAGCGGAGCUGAUGAUUCUCAGUCUCAGGCUUACCUAAUAGUAGCUAACUUGGUUGACUGCAGUCUGCAAUCUUCUUAAUUAAUUUAUGUACCAUUUUUUUUUUAAUGUUUCAAAGACGGCACGACUACGAAGCAAAAGGAUCUUUGACCAUGUAGCUUAAUUAGAAUGUUUGAAUGGUUAUUUAAAAAUGAUGAUCUUUGUUUGAGCAA